AGUCUCCGCCUUGCAGCUCUGAGUGCUCCCACUGCGCUGUAGCUAUCCGUGCCUGAGCCCUCCUUUCCGCAGCCACCGCCACCAUGCCCAACUUCGCCGGCACCUGGAAGAUGCGCAGCAGUGAGAAUUUCGACGAGCUACUCAAGGCGUUGGGUGUGAACGCCAUGCUGAGGAAGGUGGCGGUGGCGGCUGCGUCCAAGCCGCACGUGGAAAUCCGACAGGACGGGGACCAGUUCUACAUCAAGACGUCCACCACGGUGCGCACCACCGAGAUCAACUUCAAGGUCGGAGAAGGCUUCGAGGAGGAGACGGUAGAUGGGCGCAAAUGCAGGAGUUUAGCCACUUGGGAGAAUGAGAACAAGAUCCACUGCACACAAACUCUCCUUGAGGGGGACGGCCCCAAAACCUACUGGACCCGCGAGCUGGCCAACAACGAGCUCAUCCUGACGUUCGGCGCCGAUGAUGUGGUCUGCACGAGAAUUUAUGUUCGAGAAUGA